UACCAUUGUAUCUUUUUAAUUUCAUGGUGCUACCUACACAUGUAUUAAUAGUUGUAUAAUCUCACUCUGUCCUGCCUGGGGGUAGGGAUGGCAUGUUCCUCCCUUCUCCCUUGUUGUUUACCUGCAACAAUAAACUAUCAAUCAAUCAAUCUUCUUUUUCUUUUCUUCUUCUUUCGUGACAAAUCUUCUUGAACUUGAACUUGAGUUUAGAGUCACUGGACAUAGCAAGCGCCCAAACCAAACUAUAUUCUCCACAAUGAUCCGUUUUUUCCUCAUUUUUAUAUCAACGCUAAACAUUAUAAUAUACAAGGAAUUUUCGUAGUAUUUUGUAUAUGAUUGGAGAGCUGACAAAAUUGCUCUACAGGACCAAAACUGACCCUCGGUGUAGUCUUUAGAUCGGCCUUCACCCGUGCGAAGAGAAGUAAAGGAAGGGGCGAGGGGAUGGGCGAGCCUCCAGGAACUCUCUCAGCGAGUGGGGGGCCUCUUUGGCCGACUGUUGGUUGAGUGGCUCUCCCGUCUCGCUGGUCGCGGGUUCGAUCCCCGGCGUCGGCAAAACCUUUACUAGUCGGGAUUAAUUUCUCGUUUGUGUCGUUACACGCAGAGGUCGUGUGGGAGUAUGGUAAGAAAAUACAGGGCGUUACAUAUGAGUUCCACGGUUCCAAUUCUCUUCCUCACCUCAAUCUGUAUCUCACUUAUCACCGAAACGUACCUAGCUGGCGCAGGUGUGCAAUUAAUUAAUAAAUACAUCUGUUCCCCAGAUUACCAUGUUGAUUGGUCAGUGAUUUAGUCGUUAUACAUCAUCGCGUCAUCACUCAUCUCUUUCAUGUUUGGACGAUGAUAAACAAUUUUAUAUAUCGCGUUAAUAUGUAUAUAUAUAUGAUUACUCCCUGCCAACACCUGCGUAAAAGUUUGAUAUUAAUGUGAAAUGCCAGAAUUUUCUCUUUACUCCACUCCCACACGACCUGUUAAUCCAGACAAGGAAUGGUUUGCCGGCGCCGGGGAUAGAACCCGCGACCAGCGAGACGGGAGAGACAUUCCUUCGCCAGUCGGCCAAAGAGGUACCCCACUCGCAGAGGGAGUUAGGAGGCUCGCCCAUCAGCCAAGUCGCUGCACUACAAAUGAAGUCAAUGAAUAUCAACUAAAGCGUUUAUGGAGGUUUUCACUCUGGGUUUUUUUUUGAACCCUUGUUUAUAUGAAGUUUUUACCAUAGAAACAAUGAAGAGUCAGACACCCUCACCCAUGUUGUUGGGCCUCCUCCUGUAAAGAAUUGGGCAUCUCUCUACCAGCCGUCCCCAACGAAAUACCAAAAAAAAAAGGAGGCAAAAAAAGGUAAAACAUAUGGAAACAAAUAAAAAAAUAAAAUCGAAAUGUAAACAAUAGCACACAAAAAUAACACCUUCCAGAACCAAAAAUAGGCAAACACAAGUAAACGAGGAAGCAAACAACCGCUAAAUCCGGCAGUCAUAUCGUACACAGUAGUGGUAUCAAUGUCAAUUUAUUUAUUUAUUUUUAUUUAUUUAUUUAUUUUUGUUUAUAUAUUUUUUUAGGAUGACCGACAUGCACUGGCCUCAAUUAUUUUAUUAUUUAUAUAUUUAUUUAUUUUACAUUAGUGAGUCAGUUCAAAUGGUACACAAAAUCAGUUUAAAAUGCUAUCAUUCACCACAAGUUAUAAUACUGUGCAAUUAAUUAUUAAAAUCAGUUAAAAUUACUCAAAAUUAAUGUGCGUGGCUGCGAGACUCCCACCCCCCCUUUUUUGAGCGUUAAAAUUUAUUAAAAUGUAAUAGAUAUAUAACCAGUUUAAAUGCAAGACGAAAAAGAAAUGCGUAAAAAAGUACAAAAAGAGAAAGGUCAAUAUUAGAAGACACUUUCUAUUUCUAAAGGUCAAAGAGGGGUCAGUCGGGUUCUAAUGAGUGUUUCCUUAGGUUCACGGUACAGAAGAAGGGUCAAACGAACACCAGGGUCAUAAAACUACUCCUGGAAAUGCCCACAACUCCUACGAAAGCCUUGUCACAUGAGUGUUUCUUUAGGUUCACGGUACAGAGGAAGGGUCACACUACCACCAGGGUCAUAAAACUACUCCUGGAAAUGCCCACAACUCCUACGAAAGCCUUGUCACGUGUGUGUUUCUUUAGGUUCACGGUACAGAGGAAGGGUCAAACGAACACCAGGGUCAUAAAACUACUCCUGGAAAUGCCCACAACUCCUACGAAAGCCUUGUCACAUGAGUGUUUCUUUAGGUUCACGGUACAGAGGAAGGGUCACACUACCACCAGGGUCAUAAAACUACUCCUGGAAAUGCCCACAACUCCAACGAAAGCCUUGUCACGUGUGUGUUUCUUUAGGUUCGCGGUACAGAGGAAGGGUCACACUACCACCAGGGUUAUAAAACUACUCCUGGAAAUGCCCACAACUCCUACGAAAGCCUUGUCACAUGUGUGUUUCUUUAGGUUCACGGUACAGAGGAAGGGUCACACUACCACCAGGGUCAUAAAACUACUCCUGGAAAUGCCCACAACUCCUACGAAAGCCUUGUCACGUGUGUGUUUCUUUAGGUUCACGGUACAGAGGAAGGGUCACACUACCACCAGGGUCAUAAAACUACUCCUGGAAAUGCCCACAACUCCUACGAAAGCCUUGUCACGUGUGUGUUUCUUUAGGUUAACGGUACAGAGGAAGGGUCACACUACCACCAGGGUCAUAAAACUACUCCUGGAAAUGCCCACAACUCCUACGAAAGCCUUGUCACAUGUGUGUUUCUUUAGGUUCACGGUACAGAGGAAGGGUCAAACGAACACCAGGGUCAUAAAACUACUCCUGGAAAUGCCCACAACUCCUACGAAAGCCUUGUCAAAUAGGUGUUCUUGGGCGGCGAAAUGUCUUAUAAUACGACUUUAAAAAUAAAAGAGUUGAAUUGAAUUGAAUUGAAAUAUUUAUUGUUGUAAAAUAUAACAAAGGGGAAUGGCUGGUCUUGCAGACAUACCCCUGACUAGGCGUUACAAAAAAUAAAAAUCUCCGUUGUACAAAAAUAAAAACAUAUGUUGAGGCUUGUUAACAGAAAAAGGAAUUAGAAUGUAAAUACUGAUAAUAUUCCUGAGGAGGUACACAUAUGCAAUUACCUAAAUUACCACCUGGCAGCAAACUUUGGGUACUCUUGAAUUAUGGCAGGUACAAUUUUAUGAUUAAAUAAAAUAGUAUAUAAUGUAAGCUAAGAAUGUGGGAAAAGGAACAGCUCAGUGCAGGGUGAAGCAUAAAGUGUGGAAUAGCAAGGAGGAGGAUGUGAUAGAAAGAGAUAGAAAACAGGCCAAAAGAAGAGGUCAGGAUGGUGAGGGGUCAAAAGAAGAGGUCAAGAAGAUGAGGGGUCAAAACAGGAAGUCAAGAUGGUGAGGGGUCAAAAGAAGAGGGCAAGAAGAUGAGGGGUCAAAACAGGAAGUCAAGAUGGUGAGGGGUCAAAAGAAGAGGGCAAGAUGGUGAGGGGUCAAAAGAAGAGGGCAAGAAGAUAAAGGGUGAAAAGAUUGAUUGAUUGAUUGAUUGAUAGUUUAAUGUUGAAAAGAAGAAGUCAAAAGAAGAUGAUGGGUCAAAAGAAGAAGAAGAAGAAGUCAAAAGAAGAUGAUGGGUCAAAAGAAGAAGAAGAAGAAGUCAAAAGAAGAUGAGGGGUCAAAAGAAAAAGAAGAAGAAGUCAAAAGAAGAUGAGGGGUCAAAAGAAGAAGAAGAAGAAGAAGUCAAAAGAAGAUGAUGGGUCAAAAGAAGAAGAAGAAGAAGAAGUCAAAAGAAGAUGAUGGGUCAAAAGAAGAAGAAAAAGAAGAAGAAGUCAAAAGAAGAUGAUGGGUCAAAAGAAGAAGAAGAAGAAGUCAAAAGAAGAUGAGGGGUCAAAAGAAGAAGAAGAAGAAGAAGUCAAAAGAAGAUGAGGGGUCAAAAGAAGAAGAAGAAGUCAAAAGAAGAUGAUGGGUCAAAAGAAGAAGAAGAAGAAGAAGUCAAAAGAAGAUGAUGGGUCAAAAGAAGAAGAAGAAGAAGAAGUCAAAAGAAGAUGAUGGGUCAAAAGAAGAAGAAGUCAAAAGAAGAUGAUGGGUCAAAAGAAGAAGAAGAAGAAGAAGUCAAAAGAAGAUGAUGGGUCAAAAGAAGAAGAAGAAGAAGUCAAAAGAAGAUGAUGGGUCAAAAGAAGAAGAAGAAGAAGAAGUCAAAAGAAGAUGAUGGGUCAAAAGAAGAAGAAGAAGAAGAAGUCAAAAGAAGAUGAGGGGUCAAAAGAAGAAGAAGAAGAAGAAGUCAAAAGAAGAUGAUGGGUCAAAAGAAGAAGAAGAAGAAGAAGAAGUCAAAAGAAGAUGAUGGGUCAAAAGAAGAAGAAGAAGAAGAAGAAGUCAAAAGAAGAUGAUGGGUCAAAAGAAGAAGGAGAAGAAGAAGUCAAAAGAAGAUGAUGGGUCAAAAGAAGAAGGAGAAGAAGAAGUCAAAAGAAGAUGAUGGGUCAAAAGAAGAAGAAGAAGAAGAAGUCAAAAGAAGAUGAUGGGUCAAAAGAAGAAGAAGAAGAAGAAGAAGAAGAAGAAGUCAAAAGAAGAUGAUGGGUCAAAAGAAGAAGAAGAAGAAGAAGACAAAAGAAGAUGAGGGGUCAAAAGAAGAAGAAGAAGAAGUCAAAAGAAGAUGAGGGGUCAAAAGAAGAAGAAGAAGAAGUCAAAAGAUGAGGGGUCAAAAGAAGAAGAAGAAGAAGAAGAAGUCAAAAGAAAAUGAUGGGUCAAAAGAAGAAGAAGAAGAAGUCAAAAGAAGAUGAUGGGUCAAAAGAAGAAGAAG